AUGGCUCAGGUGGAUCCCCAGAACAGGUGGGGUGCAGUAACUCUUCUCUGCAGCUCGAUCGAGGAGGUCCAUGCCCCCCAGAUGUUGAGCAUGAACUUGGAGAGUGAGGAUGAGGAUGGUGGGGAUACAGGAGAUGGAGGCGGCGGCAGGGACCUUGAUCACCAGCUUCCUCCAAGAGGCAGCUCCCAAGUGACAAAUGGCCAUGCCCGUUUGCUAUGGCAGCAGCCACCUGGCAAGGAAGAAGAGAAAUUUUCUGAACCCGUUAGCACUGAAGGUUUUGGGGGAAACCUAAUGCUGAUGCCUGGGAAGAAGGUGAGUUGGAGGAGAGAUGCGUCAAAGAUCCCCCAGACCCAGGACUCUCCGAGUACCAGUGUGGUUCCAGGUACCCUCCCCAGCAGCCUCUCACACAAGUUAAGGCAGAGGCAACAUUCUAGGGACCCAUUAGCUACUGAGGGUGCUGAUGGAGACUUAAUGGCAAACCCACACAACACCAUGAGCGUCCCAUCCAGCUUGCCUGGCACGGGAAGGCACUUUGCACAGAAAGGUGUAGGCACAUCUCCAGACAAUUCUCCGGUGUGUUUCUCCAAGCCUGGGAGCAGCUGGAACCUUCCCAUGCAGGAGACACACACACCCUCCCAGAGGUCGGCCACCUCUGCCAAUCUGGCAGCUGCUGUGUUGACCAAAGCACCGACAAAGGGCUGCAAGGACCAGAACCCCGCAGGGACAGGUCAGGGUGGCCAAGGGCAGGCAGUUGCCUACAAGUGCUUGCGGGAAGGGCAGGCCUCCCCAAAGUCCUGCAAGCUGCUGAAUUCAGCCCAAGCUCCCAGCAACAAGCCUUACGCCUGUGAGCUGUGCGGGAAGGCUUACUCCCACCGCGGCACGCUGCAGCAGCACCGGCGCCUGCACACCGGUGAGCGACCUUACCGGUGUCCCUUCUGCGACAAGGCCUACACCUGGGCCUCUGAUCACCGCAAGCACCUCCGCACCCACACGGGCGAGAAACCCUACCGCUGCCCGGACUGCGGGAAGGCCUUCGUGCGCUCGUCGGACCUGCGCAAACACCAGCGCAACAUGCACAGCAACGACAAGCCCUUCCCGUGCAGCCAGUGCGGUCUGACCUUCAACAAGCCGCUGUCGCUGCUGCGCCACCAGCGCACGCACCUGGGCGAGAAGCCCUUCCGCUGCCCCGCCUGCGACCGGGAGUUCGCAGUGGCCAGCAGGAUGAUGGAGCACCAGCGUGUGCACUCGGGGGAGCGGCCCUUCCCCUGCCCGACCUGUGGCAAGUGCUUCACCAAGUCCUCCAACUUGCUGGAGCACCAGACGCUGCACACGGGCCAGCGGCCCUUCAAGUGCGCGGAUUGCGGGGUGGCCUUCGCGCAGCCCUCACGCCUCGUGCGCCACCAGCGCAUCCACACCGGCGAGCGGCCCUUUCCCUGCGCGCAGUGUGGCCAGGCGUUUGCCCGCUCCUCCACCCUGAAGCGGCACCAGCAGAUCCACUCGGGCGAGAAGGGCUUCCUCUGCGCUGAGUGUGGCCGGGCCUUCCGCAUUGCUUCCGAGCUGGCGCAGCACAUCCGGGUGCACAAUGGGGAACGGCCCUAUCAGUGUGAGGACUGCGGCCAGGCCUUCACCAGGUCCAAUCACCUUCAGAGACACCAGGCCAAGCACAGGUGCAAGAAGGAACCCGUCCUCGUUUGCUCUGAUGAGUGA